CGCCUCGCCAGACGCGCCUCUCUGCCUCUCCCUCUCGCUAGUUAGCUUGGGACGAGAGCACGCCUCCCGGCCCAUAAGGCGCUGGGCCGGAAAACCCGCCCUCUCUUCCUGUUCUCCAUCAUGGCGCAGGACCAAGGUGAGAAGGAGAACCCCAUGCGGGAACUUCGCAUCCGCAAGCUCUGCCUCAACAUCUGUGUGGGCGAGAGUGGAGACAGACUGACCCGGGCGGCCAAGGUGUUGGAGCAGCUCACAGGCCAGACCCCUGUGUUUUCCAAAGCCAGGUACACUGUCAGGUCCUUCGGCAUCAGGAGGAACGAGAAGAUCGCCGUCCACUGCACAGUCCGCGGGGCCAAGGCAGAAGAGAUCCUGGAGAAGGGUCUGAAGGUGCGGGAGUAUGAGUUAAGGAAAAAUAACUUCUCAGAUACUGGAAACUUUGGUUUUGGGAUCCAGGAACACAUCGAUCUGGGAAUCAAAUAUGACCCAAGCAUCGGCAUCUACGGCCUGGACUUCUACGUGGUGCUGGGUAGGCCAGGUUUCAGCAUCGCAGACAAGAAGCGCAGGACAGGCUGCAUUGGGGCCAAACACAGAAUCAGCAAAGAGGAGGCCAUGCGCUGGUUCCAGCAGAAGUAUGAUGGGAUCAUCCUUCCUGGCAAAUAAAUUUCCGUUUCUAUCCAAAAGGCCAAUAAAAUGUUUUCAGUGAAA